AUGCUGACGAGGAGAUCUCUACCCAAGUUUGAUAUCCCACCAUCAGAAGUGUGCCAACCACCGCCUCCCCGACGGCCAGGUAAAGAAGAAUGGAAUACGGAGGUUGCACCGUUCAAAUUACUGGUUCCACCCGUUCACCAGGCAACCCGCACUUUCUACCCGAGGAGGUGUAAAAGAAAGAGGGUAACAGCAGACAUAGAAUCUCUACCUGAUGAGCUGUUGUUUGAAGUCCUUGUGCGCAUCCCUGUCCAAGAUGUUUACGAGGCAAGGCUUGUUUGCCGCAAAUGGUAUCAUAUCAUCCACACCCGUAAUUUCAUUUCCUCCAACUUACACCACUCAACUUAUGGUCUCCUUUUCAAAUCCGUGUGUUGGGAGUCGGUUUUAAUCCUCCCUCAGAGGGGAGGAGGGGUCGAGGUGACCCAGUUGAGGUACAAACGUAGGUGUGUGGUCCUUAGUAGUUGUAAUGGAAUGUGGUUAGAGAAUAAUCUGCCAAGACAAGAUUAUUCGUACGUCAUAAAUCCCUUAACAGGGCAAAUUGUUAUUCUCCCUCCAUGUGUUGGUAGAGUUUCAGAAUUUAAAUAUGCACUGGCGUACGCACCGGCUUCCAUGGAGUAUAAGGCGGCUAUAUUCCAUCCUCCUUUCGGAACCUAUCGUGCUUUUUGUCAUAUAUUAACCGAUGGAGUUGAUAAAACAUGGAGGGACAUUGAUUUGGGACUCAUAUCAUCGGAUGCACUUAAUGCAUUCCACAAUAUUCCGUUGGUUACUGAAGGUUUCGUGCAUUGGCACAAUCCCUGCUGGGUCAAGUACCCAGAGUUGUUGGCCAUGACAGCUACGGAUAAUACUCAAACGAGUGCAGUUUUUCUAUACAAUCUUGUCACGCAAGAAAAUGAUGAAAUCGGGUUACCUACCGAUAUUGGUACUUGCAGAUUUCUAUAA